CACAUGGUGCAGCAGAAGAAGACGUCAGCACGCAGAGCGUCUCAGAGAGAUUAAAAGCGGAGCUCUGCGUCCUCCUCCCUCAUUCAACCUGCAGUCCCGAUCAGCAGUCACUGGUCUUCUGCUACUGAAAGGCAACACUAAAGAUGUCGGACGAAGGUAAAUUGUUCAUCGGCGGGCUGAGCUUCGAUACCACCGACGAGUCUCUGUCCGCGGCCUUCUGCAAAUACGGAGUCAUCGAAAGCGUGGCUGUGAUCAGAGACAAAGAGACGGGGAAAUCUCGCGGUUUUGGCUUUGUGAAAUACGAGAAUGCAGAAGAUGCUAAAGAUGCACUGGAUGGCAUGAACUGCAAGUCUCUAGAUGGUCGAUCUAUUCGCGUGGAUGAAGCCGGAAAGGGUUCACGUGUCAGGGGAUCUUCAAAUCCCGGCCAAAGAGCACCACGUAGUGGAUAUGGCGGACGUGGUAGAGUUGGACGAAGUUACUCCAGAGGAGGUGGAUACAACUGCGACAGGAGCUACAGCGACAGGAGCUACAAUGACAGAAGCUUUGGUACUGAGGGACGGUUUAGUGGCGGUGGAGGUAACCAGUACAGGAGUGCCGGUGGUGGUGGCGGCGGUGGUGGAUACUCGAGCUACAGAGACAAUAGGGGUCAUGGUCCAUACAGUGACCGCACUUCAUCCUAUCGAGAUACAUACGACAGCUAUGCUACACACGAGUAAACAUCUCCCUGAUUCAAGAUCAUCACUUGGCUGGCUGUAUUGCGCUCCUCAAGAAAAAUGUCCAUGUGUUAUUGCUGACCUUAGUUUUGUAGUUCUGUUGUAGUAGCUCAAGCAUCUUAAAAAAAAAAAUGUAGCCAUGAGUUUUGGUCAUUCCUUAACAAACCAUGUUACAAAUUACAGUUCAGGACUCUUACCUUGCUUCAUUGGACAUCUUUAUUCCUCAGAGGUCUAUUAGUAGGCCUACUGUAAAGUCCCACUUUGAGGACUGAACAAUUGCUCGUCACAUGGCUUUUUGUUGGACAGCCACGCUGUGGACUUUUUUUUUUUUUUUCGCACGCAAAGUGUUUCCUCAUUUUGAUUCCUUAGUUUUUUUUAUAUUGAAAUAUCCGGUGGGGCUUUCUUUUUGUUUUUUCCUUUACUUAUUGCCCCUCUCUGUGGCCGACUACCGCUUGCCAGAUUUUAAACUGAAUGAGGAAAGUGAUCCAAUUACUCUUAAACAAACGUUUGGGGGAUUUUUAAGCUAAAUUCUUUUUCACUAUUUAAAAACGAGUCUAGCUGAGGCUCCUGUAUGUUCAAUUUCCCAAAAGAGUGAAUUCCUUUCAGACUGGUGAACUACACAUCCAGAAGUGGCCGGCUGUUCAUGAAGUUGCAAAUUGCAGCAUGCUACAGUCUGUCCAAGGUAUCUUCUGUGCUCUGCUCAACAUCUGCAUUUUAAAUGUGCUGUAAAAUGGACUAAUCUUGUUUAAGUGAUCGAAAAAUGUAACUUCGUUUCCCCAAAGUAAUAUCUCAACCGGGAACAGUUUUGUACUUUAUGUUCUUUGUAUGAUCAACAUUUUUUUUUCUUUGUCAGUUUGGCUUCAUGGAGCCUAUUAAACAGACUGUGGAAAAUAAUCUUGAUUCUUUUGCCUUUAGAAACUACCGCAUGGGGGAGUUUAGCGAAAAGCUAUAGACUCAUGUAACUGUAAAUGCUGCGUGAGGAAGAGUAAAUCGCACCUGGAUUAAUUUGGCGAGAAAUUAAUUGGCAGUUUAUUCUAAAUUAUCGUUAUAAAAUGUGAUUGGCUGUAUUUUUAAAAGUCCACUUCCAAUCCACAGGCUGCCUGUCGAGAUUUCAAAAUUUAUAGAUGGUUUUUGACCCAGUGCGUCCUAACAUGUCUUGAAACCAUCAUUUAGGCGACUUAAUAGUUAAGAGAUCAAACUCCUUGUACGGUUUGAACAAACUCCCAAAAGUGGCACAUGGUAACGCAGGGAAAAUAUCAGCGUGGGUCUGGUCAUGUUAAUGCUUUAUUACGUUCAAGAGAUCAGCCACUUCAAAAACCUACAAGUCCUUGGAGAGUGAAGUGUUGCGCCUUCCAACAAGUGCUCAUCAGAGAUGAAAGCUGCUCUUGCCUAGGUCAUAUGUGGAGAAAGUAGGCCAAUGCACGUGAGGUAAAACAUCUCCUUUUGCUUUGCUCACAUCCUUCAAACUCAGUUCUCAUUGUUUCCAUGAAUACCUUUCAAGUUAGUCGUUGAUUUUAGUCCUCUGCUUCAGAUGUCGCCACAACAUGCCAUGGCCUCUUCCCCGAUUGGAAAUGUUGAUUGAGAAAAUGUUUCUAUGAAGCUCCUCUGGAUUGUAGUGCUCCACCUCCUGAGUCCACCAAAAGAAAAGCAUUGGCCUUUAAGUCAUGGGUAGUAUUGUGCUCAGUCCACUUCUGUUCACUGCACUAGUCCUCAAAUUUGCUCCUGUAAUGUCCCACCGCAGUCCUAAUUGACGUCUAAGGUGUCUAGACUGUAUUCAGUUUUUCUUUGUACCCUUACACAUAAGUGGUGAGUUACAGACUCAAAUAGGGUUGCAUGCAUUUUACUGUGGUUUUUGUCAAAUGUUAGUUGCUGGGCUUAAUCCACCUCUUAAUCUUUUUCUUUAGACUGAACUGACUGUCGGAAGCUUCAGUGGAUCUCCUCACAGCUGAAAUAUCCGGCUAUAGAUGGCACUGCCUGAUGCAGAUCCAGUUAUCUGGUCCAACGUGCAGCAGCGACGGUUAAGCUGCAAGCGGUGGCUGCAUGGGUGGAGCCUGCCAGGAUCCUGCCAACUGAAUGUUUGGGGCCAUUAAGGCUAGCUUGCCUAAACAUUUUUUUAAAUGUAAUGGCCUCUGUUCAAAGGUCAUUGAGAUGAGAACGGGGCUUGUCUUAAUGUAGAAAAGAGUCCUAAGCAAAGUGGUACAAUUUCUUUUGAUUUGUUUAAAUAAUCUCUAUCCUGCUUAUUUUUGUAUUGCAAAUUCAAAAAUAAAGUCACGGCAAUCAAA